AUGUCAGCCGAUUAUUGGAAUUCAUCACAACGCAAUCAAUGGCAAUUAACUCGAUUCUCAUUAUUAGAAUCAAGAAGAAGAGUGUUAUUACUUGAACGGAAAAUGAUUCAAAAUGGAUUAAUCAAAGAUUACCCCAACAUAAUAUAUGAUUACAAUAUGAGGAUAUAUCUUCAUAAUUUAUUAAUCAAAUUAGGUCGAAGACUAAAUAUUAGACAAAUAGCUUUAGCCACUGCUGAAAUUUAUUUGACUCGUUUUCUUACUCGAGUUUCUCUUAAAGAGAUCAAUGUUUAUUUAUUAAUAACUACAUGUAUUUAUGUUGCUUGUAAAAUUGAAGAAUGUCCUCAACAUAUUAGAUUAAUUUUAUCUGAAGCCAGAAAUAUAUGGCCAGAAUAUAUUCCUCAUGAUGUCACUAAAUUAGCUGAAUUUGAAUUUUAUUUAAUUGAAGAAAUGGAUCUGUAUUUAUUAUUGCAUCAUCCUUAUAAAUCAUUAAUACAAAUCAAUGAUUUUUUAUCGAAUAAUUAUAAUAUAUAUGGCUUUAAAUUAACGGUGGAAGAAUUACAAAAUGCUUGGAGUUUAAUUAAUGAUAGUUAUAUUACUGAUCUUCAUUUGUUAUUACCUCCUCAUACCAUAGCUGUGGCGGCUAUAUAUAUCACUGUUGUAUUGAAAAAGAAUUUAUCUCGAGUGAGGCAAGGUAAUAGCAAUGAUAAUACUAUGCAUAUUUCCACUGGAAGUAGUACCAAUCCAAUUAUCAACAACACCACCACCACUUCUGCCAAUAUUACCCAUAACAACAAUAAUAACAAUAAUACUAAUAAUAAUAAUGGAACUGCUGCCACUGCCACCACUACUAAUGAGGGCCAAGUUCCUGGUCAAGACGAUAAUACUGAAAUGAAUAUAGACGAUUUAAUGAACUUGACUAAAUCAAGUAAUACUAGUCAAGAUAAAUCGGAUGAUAAAAUGGAUAUUGAUAAUCCAUCCCAACUGCAAAUAAACUUGUCACAAUAUCAAAUUCAAACACAGAACCAUCAACAAUCUACUCAUAAUAAUACUAAUAGUAGUAAUACUAAUACACCAAAUACACAAAUUCCACAAUCACAACCAAAUCAAGAAUUGAAUAAUUUCGAUUUAGACAUAUUAGAUGAAAACACUAUAAAGAUUAAUAAAUUUAUGAAUUUUUUAGAACAUUCACAUAUAAAUUUAGAUGAAGUCGUUGAGGCAGUACAAGAUAUGAUGAAUAUGUAUGUGUUAUGGAAUAGAUAUAAUGAACAAGGGGUUAAAAAGGCAUUACAAGUGAUGUUACUCAAUCGGAUUUAA